AGCAAGUCACACAAAGCUAAAAAAAAUAUAAACUUACUUCAUGUCAUUUAUUUUAUGUAUAUUUCCAUCUCCUUCAUUCCCCCUUUUUUUUUCUUUUUCUUCAUUUCUUUUUCUCUUUAUUUUUUUUUUAUUAUCAAAAUAUUAUGUCUGCUAAACCUAUUAGAGAAUAUGAUGGUAAGCUUUUAUUAGCCUACCAUCUUUUACGUGCACCUCUUGUUGGUCAGCAAGAAGAUAGUACUUCUCUUUUUACCCCGGCUGCUACAAAAUUAGCCCAUAUCAAUGUAGAUACUUCACUUUUAAAUGAUCGUCCUGCUUUUGAAGAUGCAUUGAAGCGUCAACUUGAUAAUCUUGAACAAUCUCAUCCUUGGUUAUUGACUGACAAAUUGGUUGCUAAACCUGACCAACUAAUUAAACGUAGAGGAAAACAUGGCCUUUUAACUCUUAAUAAAGAUUGGUCAGAGGCUCGUAAAUGGAUAGAAGAACGUGCAGGAAAGGAAAUUAAAAUUGAAAGGACGAUUGGUAUUCUUAAAACAUUUUUGGUUGAGCCCUUUACUCCUCACCCGGCUAAUACCGAAUAUUAUAUUUGUAUAAACUCCGUUCGUGAAGGUGAUUAUAUCCUUUUUACUCAUGAGGGUGGUAUUGAUAUCGGUGAUGUUGAUGCUAAAGCUUUAAAGCUUUUGAUCCCUGUUGUUGCCUCUGAGUUUCCUUCAGCUGAAACCAUUAAGAAUACUCUUCUUAAAGAUGUUCCUGAAUUCAAACAGAAUGUACUUGUAGACUUUAUUCGUCGACUUUACGCUGUUUAUGUUGAUCUUCAUUUUACUUAUCUUGAAAUAAACCCUUUGGUUGUUACUGAUCCCGUUGAAGGACAAAAUCCUCAGGUGAUGUAUCUUGAUUUAGCUGCUAAACUUGAUCAAACUGCUGAAUUCGAAGCUGGUCCUAAAUGGGCUAUUGCUAGAGCUCCUCAAAAUAUCGGACUUGCUCCACCUGCUGACUCACAAAAUGUUGAUCACGGCCCUCCUAUGGAAUUCCCGGCCCCUUUCGGUCGUGAAUUGACACGUGAAGAAGCUUACAUUCAAGAAUUAGAUGGAAAGACAGGUGCCUCUCUUAAAUUGACUGUUCUUAACCGUGAUGGUCGUAUUUGGACUAUGGUAGCUGGUGGUGGUGCCUCUGUCGUUUACUCUGAUGCUAUCGCUGCUUUAGGAUAUGCUAAUGAACUUGCUAAUUAUGGUGAAUAUUCGGGUGCUCCUACUGAGACUCAAACUUACGAAUACGCGAAAACCAUUUUGGAUUUAAUGACUCGCGGUGAAGUUAACCCUGAAGGCAAGCUCUUGUUCAUUGGUGGUGGUAUUGCCAACUUUACCAAUGUUGCUACUACCUUUAAGGGUAUUAUUCGUGCUUUGACUGAAUUCAAACAGGCACUUAUCAAUCAUAAGGUUCGUAUCUUUAUUCGUCGUGGUGGUCCUAACUAUCAGGAAGGUCUUCGUGCUAUGCGUCAAUUAGGUGAGACCCUUGGUGUUGAAAUCCAAGUCUUUGGUCCUGAAACUCAUAUCACUGAUAUUGUCCCCUUAGCUUUAGAAGGUAAGGCUGCAAGCCUUCAAACUUCUAACACUAGUGCCUCCUCUGGUAAUUUGUUCCAAGAUCAAAUCUUUGGCUCUGCCAAUAAUUCUGGCACUAACACUCCAAAGCUUACUCUUGCUGAAGAUAAUAAUUCCCCAGCUAAUCCUAAUGACCGUAUGACCUAUUUCGCUGAGCAAGCUCAAGAAGAAACUGCUGAAUGGUAUCGUCCUUUCACUUCCAAGACACGUGCUUUCGUCUAUGGUAUGCAACCCCGUGCUGUACAAGGUAUGCUUGAUUUUGAUUUUAUGUGCAAGCGUGAAACCCCCUCUGUAGCUGCUAUGGUCUAUCCUUUUGGCGGCUCUCAUGUUCAAAAGUUCUAUUGGGGUACAAAGGAAACCUUAAUUCCCGUGUUUACUACCCUUAAGGAUGCUAUCGAAAAGUUCCCAGAAGUUGAUGUUGUCGUUAACUUUGCCUCUUGUCGUUCUGUCUUUGACUCUACUCGUGAGAUCUUUAACUAUUCUAAUCAAAUCAAGACAAUUGCCAUUAUUGCUGAGGGUGUCCCUGAACGCCGUGCUCGUCAAUUAUUACAUGAAGCUGAAGCUCGUAAGGUGCUUGUUAUUGGUCCUGCUACUGUAGGUGGCAUUAAGCCUGGAUGCUUCAAGAUCGGUAACACGGGUGGUAUGAUGGAUAAUAUUGUUUCUUCCAAACUUUAUAGACCCGGAUCUGUCGGUUAUGUUUCCAAAUCUGGUGGUAUGUCGAAUGAGUUGAACAAUAUCAUUUCUCGUACUACGGAUGGUGUCUAUGAGGGAGUUGCGAUUGGUGGUGAUCGUUAUCCAGGCUCUACUUUUAUCGAUCAUUUAUUACGUUAUGAAGCCGAUCCUAAUUGUAAGAUGCUUGUUUUACUUGGUGAAGUGGGUGGUAUUGAGGAAUAUCGUGUUAUUGAAGCUGUCAAGAGUGGAAAGAUCAAGAAACCAAUUGUUGCUUGGUGUAUCGGUACCUGUGCCAAGAUGUUUACUACUGAUGUUCAAUUUGGUCAUGCUGGCUCUAUGGCAAACUCUGACUUGGAAACAGCUGAUGCUAAGAACAAUGCUAUGCGUGCCGCUGGUAUCGUUGUCCCUAAAACCUUUGAAGAGAUGCCUUCAGCCCUUGCUGAUACUUAUUCUAAACUUGUUAAGGAAGGUGUUAUUUAUCCUCAUCCUGAACCUGAAGUUCCCAAAAUUCCUAUCGAUUAUUCUUGGGCUCAAGAACUUGGUUUAGUUCGUAAGCCUGCUAGUUUUGUUUCUACCAUUGUUGAUGAUAGAGGUCAAGAACUUUUAUAUGCAGGUAUGAGAAUUACUGAUGUCUUUAAGGAGGAUAUUGGUAUUGGUGGUGUCCUUUCUCUCUUGUGGUUCAAGCGUAGACUUCCUAACUAUGCAUGCAAAUUUAUUGAAAUGGUUUUGAUGUUGACUGCUGAUCAUGGACCUGCUGUGUCUGGUGCUAUGAAUACAAUUAUUACUACUCGUGCUGGUAAAGACUUAAUUAGUAGUCUUGUCUCAGGUUUGCUUACUAUUGGUGAACGUUUUGGUGGUGCCCUUGAUGGUGCUGCAAAUAAUUUUACUAAAGCCUAUGAUAGCGGUCUUACUCCCCGUGAGUUUGUCACUUCUAUGCGUAAAGCUAAUAAACUAAUUCCUGGUAUUGGUCAUAAAAUUAAGUCUCGCACAAAUCCUGAUAUGCGUGUUGAGUUAGUUAAGGAGUAUGUUAAGAAGAACUUCCCUUGUACACCUAUCCUCGACUAUGCCUUAAAGGUUGAAGAGAUUACGACCAGCAAAAAAGAUAAUUUGAUUUUAAAUGUGGAUGGUUGUAUUGCUGUUUCAUUUGUUGAUCUUUUACGUGAAUCUGGUGCUUUCACACGUGAUGAAGCUGAAGAAUACAUGCGUAUUGGUACAUUGAAUGGCCUCUUUGUUCUUGGUCGUUCUCUUGGUUUUAUUGGUCACCAUUUAGAUCAAAAACGUUUAAAGCAAGGCCUCUACAGACAUCCUUGGGACGAUAUUUCUUAUCUCUUACCUUCUUUAGAUCCUGAAACUUUGGAUCCUCGUCGUGUCAAUGCUCGUGUCAAUGUUCAAUCUAAACAAAAACAGUAAAUUUUACAUCAGUGUGAUAUCUAAAACUUGAAAAAAAAAAAAUAGCAUUUUAAUAUUAUAACAUUUAUCUACAUUUAUUCACUUUUCAAUUUAUUAAUAAAAACACAUACAUACAUAUACAUAUACUACA